AAAAUAGAUUUCCACAUCUUGUGCCAGCAAAGCCAGGGAAGAAAAGGGUGUAAGUUUCCAGUUUAAAUGUUACUAGGUAAACAUCCAGCCUCCUCACCACAGCCUUCAGAUCAGCUUCACUCUCCAGAGCCAGCGCUCUGCUGUGGCUGUUAACAGCAUUUAAAAUACAGAUAUUCUUCAUCCAUGCUAGGGAAUAGUGCAGUGGUUUCUCAUGAUCACUGAGAAGUGAUCUGCCUUUACAUAAAGCCUUCUUCUUCUUCUAACAUUAGUAUUAUGAAACCCACAGGAACCCACCCAUAAAGAGUGAUGGGACGUUUCUCUAAAAUGUCACACCCGUACAUUUUCCACCUUCUGUGAUUCAGAAGCAGCAUAAAAAGCCAUAAGUCGUUCAACUGCUGUGAUUCACUGCCCUGAUUCAUACACUUGAUACAAAUAUUCAGAGAUCAAAGUGGGACCUAACCCCCCUCCUCACAAAGAUUUAAAUGAUUUUUCAAUGCUUGCCAUAUAAAAUGGAGUGCCAGCUAAAGCUCAAGCUUUUCCUGAUUGGUAUUGGCUGUUUUAAGAAGCAAGUUCUCUGCAGUAAAGAUUGAUGCUGCCUUUAAGAAUCAUGUGGCAUAGUACAUAAAGCAAUGUAUUCUGCAGUUGUGCUUCCUCCCUAGCAAGGCUGAACAGGGGACACUAAUUGCUCAGGGGGCUUCUGUGCAAAUAUUUACAGUGAAUUAAGAAAAAAUGGAAAUUUCUUCCCCAUGAAAGAAUCUGGGAGCCCCCUAAACCUUCUUGUAUUAACUUUGCAGUGGAUGAAGGUGUUAAACUGGCAUGUGUCUACCAACAGGGGAGUGAUCCUUUUAAGUCCUUGGCUUCAUCCCCACUUGUGAAAUUUGUUGUGCCAGUGGGAUGACGCUGGCUAUAAAACCCCAGCACUGGGGACCUCCAUCCAGCUCGGGCAGCCUGCCAGCACAUCUCUGCCGAAAGCAGCCCCAGGGAGAUCCCCCCCUUCAUCUCUGCCAGGCAAGGAACUGCUUUGCUGAAGGAGGAUGGACCUGAGGUGUGCCUGGAUGCUCUGCAUGCUCAGCCUCAUCCUCACUGCCCGAGCGUUUACCCACGAAGGCUUCAAGGAGGUGAUGCUGAAGCAGCUGGGGCUGGCUGAGGUCCCUCAACUUGACCAGAGAGACUUGGUGGAUCUGGUUAUCCCAGACCACGUCAAGAACAAGUACAUGUCCAUGCUGAAGCGGCAGAGGGUGAAGCGCCGAGCUGUGCCGAGCCUGGCUGGCAUCCUCAGGGGGAUCCCGGGACACACAGGCAUGACAGGAGAAGUCCUGUAUUCCGACACAACCACACGCCAGAAGCUGAUGUUUGACAUGGAGGGCAGAAUACCUAAAAACAGUGAAGUCACAAUGGCUGAACUGAAACUCUUCAAAAAGCCUCUGGACAGAGCAAACCUGCCUGCCAAGCAGUCUCACAGGCCUGUCUCCAACGCCAGAGUCAGCGUGUACUGGGUGCAGCGGCACCACGAUGGUACCAAUAGGACCUCCCUGAUAGAUUCCAGGCUGGUUCCUAUCCGUGAGUCGGGCUGGAAGAGCUUUGAUGUGACCCAGGCCGUGCACUACUGGCUGCGAAGCAAGAGGCGGGAGCCGAUGUUCCUGGAGGUGUGGAUCGAGGGGGAGAGGGCGGGCAGCUUUGCCUCGGAAAUGGCCAAAGCCGUGCGCUUCACCUCGCAGGACCCCAGGGAUAAAGCCCUAGGCAAGCCUGAGCUGGUGCUUUACACCCUCAACUUGGAUGACUAUGGGAGCUCUGGGGACUGCAGGGAGGAGGCGGCGCUGGGGAAAUCCACCUGCUGCCGGCAGAAGCACUACAUCAGCUUCCGCGAGCUGCCGUGGGCGCAGCACUGGAUCCUGGAGCCGGCGGGGUUCCAGGCGUACCGCUGCGCCGGGAGCUGCCUGCAGCCGCCCCGCGCCCUGCGCCGCGCCGCCUCCGGGCAGCGCUCCUGCGCCGCGGCCGGCAGCUCCGCGCUGCCCGUCAUCUACCUCGUCCGGAGGGGCAACCGCACCGACAUUGAGGCUGCCGAGUUCCCCGGCAUGGUGGUGGAGAGGUGCAGCUGCGUGGCGGACGGCGAGGCGCUGGUGUGAGCGGGGGGUGGCCUGGGGUGGCAUCCAUGCCCCGCAGCCCUGCCAAGAGCCACCCCCGCCCCCGGCCCCGGGGCGGUGAGGAGGGUCCUGGGGGUUCUUCCCUGAAAGGGGCAGCAGCAUCGGGGCCCUGCUGCCCUGCCGAGAGAGUGCACUUAGAGACACUGCCCGUGUAGGUGUGCUCAGAGGAGCGUGCAUUUCACGUAUGUGAGGGGUUCCUAAGAAGCCGAGUGCUUCUCGGGGCCCCCUUGACGCCAGUUAAAUUUCACUGAGUUUAUUUCAGCCACAGCCCUGGAGUACUGCAAACAGCUCCAGGCAAAAGAAUAGUGCCCAUCACCAGGUGAAGAACAGAUGGGUGGGCUCAGCUUUUCAUUCUUAGGCUGCUGGGUUUGGUCCUUGUCUGUGCAAGCUGUGUUUUUGGUGAGCUGGAGAGCGGAAGCACUUACAUGUAUAUAAUCUGUACACAUAUGCACACACAUGUACAGAGUGUAUGAGUACAUGUGUAUCGUCUACAUAGUGGAUAUCUACAUAUUGAUCACACACACACACACACACAUAUAUGUACAUAAAAUAUUGCUUAGAGCUCAAAGGAACACAUUUAUGUGCAUAUGUAUUGUAUGUACAUAUACAGAUCUACAUGUACAUAAAAUGUUAUCUGAAACUGAAAGGCUUGUAUUUUAGGCCCUUGCACCAUGGGCUUAACACAGUUUUAGGAAGAAUUUAGAGUCCUGAAAUCAACAGGAGUAUUAGGACUUAGGUUUGCUUGGAUGAAUAACAGUUUGUUUUUCUGAUUCUGUAUUAUAGUUAUUUCAGUUUAGGGAUAUUCUUCACAUUGUGUGUGUUUUCAAAAUCAA